AUGCCCGGUUCUCUGCGCCGUUUCCUCCUGCAGCUCUCUCUUGCCUGUGCAUGUGGCACGUCCAACUACAUAUCGUCAGCGCUAUCCUUAUUUGGUACCUUCCAGAACAAUGAGAUCAUGAGCCUACUGUCUUCGAACGCGGUGCCUAGCACGUGGCGCCGACUUCCCAUCGUUGACGUUGGGACCAAUGAUGGAACCGACUUCACGAUGCCAGGGUCAAAGGUGGGCCACCGCGUGUACAGCUUCGAGCCAAGCCCGAUCGUGUACGCCCGCAUGCUGCGAAACCUGCAGCAGAAUGGAAUCAGUGUGGCCAAUGACAGCGUUGGCUUUCGGAGCGCCAAAGCGGGUACGGUUCUUCCAACGCACGCAGCGGUGUCAAAUGUGACGGGAUCAGCUCCGUUCUUGGUGGCCGAGCGAACUACUCUCGACCGUUCGGGCAAAGCCAGUUCGUUGAGCGCCGACGCCAUUCCGCGAGGAUCACGCAUCCGGACUGUUACGGUGCCACUAGUGACGCUUGAUAGAAUGCUGGCUGAGGAAGACAAAGGCUUGUUCAUCCUCAAGAUUGAUUCCCAGGGCCACGAGUACCACGUGCUACAGGGUUGCGUCCAAUACAUCCGAACGCAUCCCGUCUACUACAUCCUGCUUGAGUUCUAUCCGAAGGGCUUACGAGCUGUCUCCGUCUCGAUGACGAUGAACGGCGCCGUCCUUCCGGCGCGCGGCGCUGUGUCGGUGCUGGCCAUGUUUGUGGUUGCGGCGGAGGAGAGUGGCGUCAAGGCGGAGCAGCUCGCCGGCACGAUCCAGAACGACGUGCUCAAGGAGUUCAUGGUCCGCAACACGUACAUCUACCCGCCCGAGCCAUCGAUGCGGGGGCAGCAAAUGCCCAAGCUCAUUCGUUCAUUCGGGAAUUCGUUCAUUAAUCAGGGGCAGCACAUGCCCAAGUUCAACUCGAUUUCCGUCUCCGGGUACCACAUGCAGGAGGGGGGGGCCCACCCCAAACUCGAGCUCCCCUUCCCGCUGGGGGGGGCCCCUUAA